AGUGCUAAACAUUUCUUAAAUUCCUACAAAAUGAAUAAAUUACUUUGCUUCUUCUUCUUGAUGGCAGCAAUCCUUGUAGCUGCACAUGGACAAUGUCGCAAUGAUCCAGAUCGUCACAGUUGCAGUCAACCACGUCGUUUGGGUAAUUUAGGAUCUAAUUGUCAUAGUGUUACCAGAUGGUGGUAUGACAAAUCAUCACGCAGCUGCAAGGAGUUUAAAUAUCGCGGCUGUGGUGGCAACAGUAAUCGUUAUUGCUCGAAGUCUGCAUGUCAAAAUCACUGCAUGUGAACAUCACUGCAUACGCAACGCAACUAACAAGGAGUCUUCCUUUCCUUUUGUAUUGUCAUUGUAGUAAAAAUUAUU